AUCGAACCAUCCUCCAGUUCUUUCAAUUCAUACCUAACCCUCAUAGCAAUGUCUAGUAAGAGGAUUCUUCGUUUUUGCUUGUACACUCAUUGACCUUGCAGUAGAUAACGCUCCGGUCAUCGAUCUCACACAAGAUGAUGACCCGGCCAUUGGCCUUCCAAAAGACGACAUCCAGGUCAUCGAUCUCACACAACAUGAUCACCCGGCCAUUGGCCUUCCAAAAGACGACAUCCAGGUCAUCGAUCUCACACAACAUGAUCACCCGGCCAUUGGCCUUCCAAAAGACGACACCCAGGUCAUCGAUCUCACACAACAUGACGCCGAACUCAUCAACUUCACCACAGGCAAUGAAUAUCAAAGUUCCUACGUGAUAUCAUUCUCUUUCGACAAUUUUCCUUAGCUUGAGAAGAUAUAAAUAGAGCAAGGCUAGUGGAUUUCUACCAGCAGAUUUCUACUAGUCUCUACCUUUUUCGAAAUCCGUUUCAAAAACCCGUCGGAUUUCCCCUGACCAGUAGAUUUCUACCAGCAGAUUUCUACCAGUCUUUACCUUUUUCGAAAAUCCGGAAGAGUAUCGUGGCACCUUCUGCCCCCUGUCUUUUGGCCCCUGCUCGGUAAUCAAUUUAGCUCCCUAACGUGGGCGCUUGACGGGCGGUAGGAUUAAAAUAGAAAUGAGACAGAGCAAGGUCGCUUACCCACUCUCAUUUUCUAGUAUUCCUGUCUGUAUAGACAUAAAAUGUAUAUAAAAGGAG